GCUGUGUCCAAAGAGCGCCAGUUCGGUCUUUAUACACUCGGAUAAAAGGGACAUGACAUUGACACUGACAGUGCAUGGGUAGUACACACACACGGAUAGUACACAAACACACACACACACAGAUACAGAGAGACAAGAGGUAAGUCGCAACUUCAGAGCAAUUGACCUGUGGCGGUCUACACGAGCUGCUCUGAGGAUAUCCGACCCUGAAACAGAAGACAUCGCCGAGGACGCAGAAGAUAAUUCGGGGAAACCUCUCAUUGCAUCGCAGCGAGGGCGGACGCCAUCUGACUUUCAAGUGAAUCCGACUGAGCAAAACGGACUACAUUACUCGGGAUCACGGUCACUUCAGGAAUUAAGGGCGGACUUGUGCGUGCGCGCGCGACACCACAACAGUUAAGCAGCUGAUGCUGCACACAAGGUGCUCGUGUGAACUCGGACUGGUAGCGAAAUACACAAAGUAACCCGCCUGAUCUUGUGAAAUCCCCAAAGUGCCCUCGUUCGUGCCGGCGGGCUCCAUGAAGGAUGCGCGUGCGCUCGGGCACACGCGCUUGAUGAGGCGGCCGGCGCUAUCAUGCGUGUGUUGGCCGAGGCCAGCGUUCAGUGCCUGCGGCUCGCCUUCCUGCUGAUGGUGGCGGCGGGCGCGGCGCCCUCACCGGCUCUGAGCGCCGGCUGCCCGGAUCGUUGCGUGUGCGACGAGCAGCUGGUGGUGCAGUGCGCCGGGCAGAGGCUGAGCGUCUUCCCCGUGGACCUGCCGCUUGCUACACGCCAGCUCAUCCUGAGCGACAACCGCAUCGGCGAGCUGCCGCCGCUGCAACUCAACUACCUGUCCGACCUGGUGUACUUGGACUGCAGCAACAACUCUCUGACCGAGAUCUCAGAGUCGACGUUCGGCAACCUGCGCAAGCUCGCCUACUUGGACCUGUCGUUCAACGCGCUGGCGCGCAUCGAGGACCGCACGUUCGGCGCGCUCGCCAGCCUCGUCAUGUUGCGCCUCACGGACAACCCGGGCCUGUCCGAGAUCCACGCGGACGCAUUCGCUGAAAACAGUGCGCUGCAGGUGCUCGACGUGAGCCGCAACAACUUGACGACGCUCAACGUGAGCACGCUGGUGGCGCUUCCCGCUUUGCGCGCUCUCGGCCUCAGCGGAAACCCGUGGCGCUGCGACUGCGACACUGAGGACCUCUGCCUGUGGGUGCACAUCGAGGGCUUCAAGUUUCAAGAUGAAGGUCAAACGGUGUGCCAGAGUCCGGCGGAGAUGCGCGGCCGUCGCCUGGCUGAGGUGGGCAUGCAGCUGCGCUCUGAAUGCCACCAGGGCCUAGGCUACUGGGACUACCUGUUCUUCAUUGCCAUUGGCUUCGUCAUCUUCUCAGCAGGCACCGUUUCAGCCUGGGUGAUGGGUGUGCUCAUGGUGCUCUAUGAACGCUACAGCAAGAGGAAGAGCGAGGAGCUGGACAGCGGGGAUGAUGAGAACGUGCCCAUCCGCAACGCUGGGAGUAGCCAUGGUAACGGGGACCUGAGCAAGCCCAGCAUGCAGGUGUGAUGGGGGGGUGUUGGACGAGGACGACAGUGAUUACCGUAACCCCUGAUGACACAUAACAGGAGGAUUAAUAAGUGAGAUGGUGUAAAGGAUACUGACCACAUAUUUACCAGAUGGAGUAUGGCGUCUUUAAUGAUAAAGAAAGGGAAAAAGUGACAAAGAGUGUAUUUUGCUUGGGGUUCAUUACCCAUUCCAAAUAGUUUUAAAGAGUAUUUUGGGGCUUAUAACUAGUAAUAAUAGACCUAAACCCGGACACUGUGUGCAUAUAAACAUGAUCACAGAGCGGUAAGGGGCUUGAACAUGUCCCAACCUGGCUGAAUAGGGAAAAACUCAGGCAGAGUGAGACAGAGAAUGAAACCUAGUCCCCACUAAUAUUGAUUUUUGUUUGUUUGUUUAUUUUUUUUCAUUUCCAAAAAGCUUAUCAUUCCAGAAUGAAAUGUGAAAAUGAUAAUGAAAAUGACAUGAUGGGCAUGCACACUGGAUUUCUGCCCAAUGACCUUUACAUCAUUUCCAAGAUUUUCAUUUGUUUUGACAUGAACGCCCCAGCAUCGCUUGUAUACGAUACAAAGCAGUCAAACAUGAAAUUAAAUUACCUAACACACAAGCACAAAAAAAACCCAGCAUCCACCACCUUGGAGUUGUAGACAUCAUGUUGCAAUCACACAUCAGUGCAUUCCCGGUGGUCAAAAAUGCUUUGGUUUUUAGUCUGGCAGGAAAGGCAAAAAUGAAUAAGAAAAGAUGCAUUGUCAAAUUUAGCAGUGUUCGUGUGAACUAGGCCUGAGAAAGACUGGACUGAGUUAAUGACACGUUAAUAAUGCUCAUAUACAUUCACUCUCUCCUCCACACUUCUUGCUUAGGGAGUGAUUUAAUGAGAUGGGAUGGAGUGAAUCACAGGGCAGGCAGACUGUCCCUGUGUCAGGUCAAUGAGAUGAGGGAGGGAAUGAGGGCUGAUAUGAAUGAUUCAUCCAGAAAGGGACAAAAAAGGAGUAGUGCACUAGAUAAUCUGUAAA